UCUCACUAUCUCUCAUUCUCUCUAUCUCCCUCCCUCUUUCUCCCCCUCUCAAUCUCUCUCCCCUCUAUCUCACUCUCUCAUUCUCUCUCUCCCUAUCUCUCAUUCUCUCUCCCCCUCUCUUAUUCUCUCUCCCUCUAUCUCACUCUCUCAUUCUCUCUAUCUCCCUCCCUCUCUAUCUCACUCAUUCUCUCAUUCUCUCUCCCUCUCUUUCAGUCUCUCUCAUUCUCUCUAUCUCCCUCCCUCUUUCUCCUCCUCUCUCAUUCUCUCUCCCCCUCUCUCACCCCCCCCCCAACAAUUUUGUGAGUGAAAGAAUGGAUGUUGAGUGAUGUAUUGGCACCAUGUCGACACUACUGCUACAGAAGCGGGAGGAGGAGGGACCCAUAUCCUGUGAAGCUGCCACAGAUCUGUAAGCUGCUGAGGGCCGGGGGUGCUGAAGGCCUGAGCUUCGUCUCCUCUCUCUUCGAGCUGUUCGCCAUCACUGGCAGCAUGGUCUACUGCAUCAGCCUCAACUUUCCCAUCGGUGCCUGGGGUGAGAGUCUGUUCAUAGUGAUCCAGAAUUUGACCAUUGGAUUCCUCAUUCAGCACUUUGGAGGAAGCACCCUCAAAGGUGUUGGUUUCGUCUUAAUUUACUGCUGCCUCCUGUCUCUUCUCAUCUCCCCUCUGACCCCCUGGUCAGUUGUCAUACUGAUGGAGUCCUCAUAUAUGCCUGCUGUUAUAAUUGCCCAGCUCAUUCAGUCAGGGAUGAAUUAUCGCAACGGUCACACAGGCCAGCUCUCAGCCGUUUCUGUCUUCCUGCUCUUCUUCGGGUCCUUGGCUCGCAUUCACAUCUCUGCAAAGGAUACUGGAGACUCUCUGAUGACCCUGACCUGUGUACUUGCAUCCUGCUGUAACGCUGUCAUUGCAGGUCAGGUCCUGUGUUAUUGGAACCGUAGUCCCUCUGUUAAAGGGAAGGAAGAAUAGACAUGGAUAGCCCACUCAUCCAGAUGCAGGACCAAGGACUUACUGCCAUUCUGUUGACUAGGUGUGUGCAACUCCUGGAGGGCCAGUAUGUAUCCUGAAAGUGGUUUUAGUUCCAACCAAUUAUUCUGGCUUCAUUUCCUACAAUGCUGAAUGUAACAGUUGCAGCUUAUUCACUGCUAUAUCAGUGCAGUCAUUGGCAUUACAUCCCAAAAUGGAUGUGCCCUUAUGUACACUGUUGGUACACAAUAUAUAUGUAUAUAUAUUGGUCAGGAGCUUUUAGUGUGGAGUUGGCUUGUUACUGAUUUAGUCCUCCCCCACCUGUCCUUUGCCCAUACCACAAAAAAGGAAAUAUCAUGUUGAACAUUUCUUGGGGAAUUUUUAUGUAACCAGUGAACUGCCGAAAGUAAUUCACCCUACAACUCUAUAUCCAAGAUAUCAAGGCCUUAAAUGUAAAAUUUGAAUGCACAAAUUAAAUCAAAGUUUUACUGAAAGUGUUAUAAUGAGUGCAUUUCAAUUGUGAUAAAUAGUUUACGUGAUGUUGAUCAAUCAUCUGUCAACAUAUGUUUAUGUCGACCUAUCUGUACAUUUUGGAGGGGAGAGAGAAGGAGGACUAAUUGUUGGGGGGAA